AUGAGCCUACUAGCCUGGAACUGUCAGGGCAUAAGAGGAGAACUGACAGUUCGUGCUCUUCGUCUCCUCGUACAGAAGCAUCGACCUAGUAUUAUAUUCCUUUCAGAGACUAAAUCUAACUCCAGGCACUGCAACAAAAUAGCACAACGGUGUAAUCUCGUUGGUAUUUUCACGAUUGACUCCUCAAAUGCUACGGGUGGCUUGUGCCUUCUUUGGAACUCCGAAUUACAGGUAACCAUUCAUAAAUCUUCUCCAUUCUAUAUUCAUGCUACUAUUGAGCAUCCUGUUUUGCCCGCCUCUUGGAUUCUCACUACGGUUUAUGGUCCCCCUUAUUCACAUGCAAAACCUGUAUUCUGGGCUGAAUUGACUGAUAUUGCCAAUACAAUUGAUAAACCGUGGUUGAUUGUGGGAGAUUUCAAUGAAAUUUGUUAUGCAUCUGAUAAGAUAGGAGGUCGUAAUUUUACUUCAUCUUUUCGCUCCUUUCUUGAUACCUUCCUUAGCCAAUCGGGAUGCAUAGAUUUGGGGUUCACAGGAAACCCUUUCACUUGGCGUAACAAAAGAAUGGGGUUAGCCUUUAUAAGACAACGUCUAGAUAGAGCUUUAGCCAAUGAUGACUGGAGAACCACCUUUCCAAGGGCAGGGGUAUUCCACCUCCCCCAAAUAAGAUCUAACCACAAUCCCAUUUUGCUGAAACUGUGGACGGAAUCCGCUAACAAGCCCAAACCAUUCAGAUUUGAGGAAGCUUGGACCCGAGACCACUCUAGUACUACCAUUGUUAAAAAUGCUUGGAAUAAAUUUGUGCCUGGUUCGAAGGCUUUUCAGCUUUCGUCCAAAAUCAAAAUUGUCAAAACCGGCCUCAGGAAGUGGAACAAAGACGUGUUUGGAUUUUGCGAUACUAACAUUGAAGGGAUCAUGAAGAAAAUUGAAGAAAUCCAAACAAAUCAAACUACUCUUGAAACCAAAGAGGAAGAGGAGAAUCUCAUGGCAGAACUUGAAGAAAAUCUUUUGAGAAAGGAUCUUAUAUGGCGCCAAAAAUCGAGGGAGCUAUGGCUAAAACACGGAGACAGAAAUUCCAAAUUCUUUCACCUCUCAACAGUCAUCCGACGCAGAUCAAACCACAUAGCUACCAUCAAAGGAGACAAUGGAGAAUGGUGCCAAUACCAGGACGAAAUAGGCAAUUACUUCUUAAAGAACUUCCAGGAUCUCUUUACCACUUCCCAGCCUACAAUUCCAGAUGACAUGGAAGGCCUGAUAAACCAAACCAUCACAGAAGCUUAG